CUUUGUGAGACAGAUCCUUGCCCUUUCACCAUGACUACGCUUCCUCCAGAGCUCGUAGAUAUAAUCGUACAUGAAAUAUGGUACUCUGAUAUGCCGUCUUACAUCCGGAAAUCGUUCAUGACUACUUGCCCCCGAAUUAACCGGAUGUGGAAAGCCGUCUAUGCUCCUAUCGCUUCUCGGGACAUGUACAUCACCAACCUCGCAUUUCUGGACUAUCUAUGUGCCAUAGCACAUCGCCAAAAAUCCAUCAUCUACCACAACUUCAUCCCCCAGCUUACUCGCACUAUUACCUGCUUCAUCGAUCUCCGAGAAGACGAAAGGGAAACAGCGGUGAAAAAGGUGUAUCGUUAUCUCUUUGGGCUACCCAACAUUCGUGGUUUCGAUGCUCUCUUUCCGCAUAUUCCAUACAUAUCUUUCCAGCUCACUUGGAUCGGCAUUGGGCCGGAUUCACGUUUACAGUUUCUCCGUGGUAUUCCCAUUCGCGCCCGUUACGACCGAUACCUGUCUAAUGCCUGCUCUCCUGACUGCCCACGCUGGAAGACACAAAUGGACGUAUACAUUGUCAUGACAGACCCAGAUCCUUCAGCGGCCAUACCCGACUCGAUCUGGUCUGAUACGUUGUGGGAAUUGCGCGACAUCGGUGUCCCUGAAUUCCUCUUUGGGAUCAUAGCAUCCCCGGGACCGUAUGAUAUGUUCGUAACCGAUGGUGUCCGGCACAUCGGUCAAACCACGUAUAUAGCUGAGAGAAAACUUGAAGACUACGACCCGAGGAAUAUUAAUAAGCGCUUGUGGAUGGCUUCCAAAUAUCAUAAGCGACACACUCUAGCGUUGAGGUGCCUCACUAGCCUCUUCCACCGUUGGGAAUACAGGCGUGUGCAGUCUCCUAUACCUUUGAUAACUGGGAAUAGGUAUGGUGUGGAGUCCCUCUUCAAGGACAGUAUGUAUUAUGGAUAUCGGUCUCCGCCAGCAUGCAAAAGAGUCAACACAUGCCUUCACUCGGCCUUCUCGGUCUUCACUCGUUACUUUUUCUUACCUUCUCUAUUUUUCUUACUGAUACUACAGUGGAACAUUGUAGAAUCCUAAUGACUCGAACCUUUCCACUGUUUAUAAACAAUGUACAUACCAUUGUAAAAGAAUCUUUAGCCAAUCUAUCACUUUCAACACACC